UGACGUGCGUGGUGUCCGGUUGAAUUUCCGCAGGUUGAUCCGAGAAAAACGAUGGAGAAAAUCAGGAGAAAAGCGCCUGCACGGGAACCGAUCAAGCUGGGGGAGCUUGACUAUACGCCCGUGUUGAUUGCAUUGGCCAUUGUGUUCAUCACCAUCGUGGUGCUGUUUCUAUGGAAACGGAAGAAGACUGUCCGUUCUGCGGUGCUGUUCACGGGACUGUGUGAAUCCGGCAAAACGUUCGUUUUCUCCAACCUGAUCCUAGGCGAUGAACGAGAAACAUUCACUUCGAUCAAAGAGAACAUCGGCACCUACACGACGAGCAAGGGCCGUGAGUUGAAAGUGGUCGACGUGCCGGGACACGAGCGCUUGCGAGGCAAGUUCUUCGAUCAAUACAAAACCAGCGCAAAGGCGAUCGUUUACAUGAUCGACAGUGCCACCGUGCAAAAGGAUAUCCGCGAUGUAGCAGACUUCCUGUAUACCAUCCUGGCGGACAAAGCAAUUGCCAAUCUUCCCGUGAUUGUGCUGUGUAACAAACAGGAUGAAACCAUAGCGAAGAGUGAAUCGGCCAUUCGAAGCAUGCUAGAGAAAGAAUUUAACAUUGUGCGACAAACGAGAAAAAAUCAGCUGCAAUCGGUUGAUAACAGCACAUCGUCGGUGGCAUUUUUAGGUAAAUCCGAUAGCGUAGAUUUUGAUUUUGGACAAGUCUCGCAGAACGUCCGGUUUGUCCCUUGCUCGGCUCGCAACCAGGAACUGGACGAGCUGACCACGUUCCUCGAAACGCUGUGAGCGCAUUUAAACGUACGGUACGGGUCGGCAUCUCAUUUAGUGCGUGUUUGUGUGCUUGAUAUAAGGACGUCAGUUUUGUAGGACGCUCAUUUCUUAAUCCGUUGAAUAAAAUGUAUCAUUAUGGUGUGACUGAA